CAGCAUGAGGGGGAGUGGCUGCUCCUCCUAAAACUUGCAUGGCACUGUGUUCAGAAGUUCGCUUGCAGGGGAGAUCAUCUAUGAACAUUGACUGUCAUUACUCGCAGUUUACUAAUUUAGAAAAAUGCAGACUAGAAUUAAUGCCAUCCAAGGGUCGGUGUGCAGUUCAGCGGUGAGAUUGGAUAAAUGUGCUCGAUUUCUGUAAUCCAAAACACGGGGUGAAUUCAGUUUCUUUUUACAUGGAAUUUCAGAACUCAGCUGAGACUGUCUAUCACUAUUUCUUGUACUGAGUGCAACAGCGCUAGUGCCGCUUCUUUCUGGGUGAAAAGGAGUGUGUGAAUGAAACUCCUUUCGUUUUCCUUAAACUCUAAAAAACAAACUGUGAUUAUGACUCCUAUAUGCUUUAGUCCUAAAAGUAUGAAAGAAAGGAACUGCGAAUUUAAAUGCUAGAAUAGCUGAAGGACCAUCAUGUAUUAUGGGAGGCUAAAUAAUUUUUAAUUUUAGUAACUCUUCAGGAAAACAAUACUAGUUAUUUUAACACGUUUAGCGCCUGAGCUGCGCAGUGUUUUUGCAGGGGGACCUACUGCAGAAAUUUCUUGCAGACCAUGACUGAAACGUAUUCUGCAGGCUUUUGGAAUCAAACCGGCAACGCAACACUACUCACUACAACUGACAACGUGACAGCGUGCCUGUUAACCAAAACUGCUUUUCAGUUCUAUUAUUUACCGAUUGUUUAUUUUAUAGUUUUCCUUGCUGGUCUAAUUGGGAAUAGUGUGGCCGUAUGGAUGUUUGUCUUCCACAUGAAACCGUGGAGCGGCAUUUCAGUGUAUAUGUUCAACCUGGCCCUUGCAGACUUCCUCUACGUCCUCACUUUGCCUCUUCUGAUUUUCUACUACUUCAACAAAACAGAUUGGGUAUUUGGAGAGUUGCUGUGCAAACUGCAGCGCUUCAUGUUCCAUGUGAACCUGUAUGGUAGCAUCAUAUUCUUGACCUGCAUCAGUGUGCACAGGUAUACGGGUGUUGUAUAUCCACUCAAGUCCCUUGGGAGACUUAAAAAGAAAAAUGCAUUUUAUGUAAGUGCAAGUGUUUGGAUUAUUGUCAUUGUCGGCAUUUCCCCUAUCUUUUACUACUCACGUACGGGUUACAAGAAGAAUCUGACAGUCACUUGUUAUGACACAACCUCUGAUGAGUACUUGAGGAGUUACUUCAUUUACAGCAUGUGCACAACAAUUUUUGGCUUUUGCAUCCCUUUUAUUGUAAUCCUGAGCUGCUACGUACUCAUUGCAAAAGCGUUGAUCAACAAUGACAUGACCAAUGCCCCUCUGCGAAGGAAAUCUAUCUACCUGGUUAUCAUCGUGCUGGCAGUAUUCUCCAUUUCUUAUCUUCCUUUCCAUGUCAUGAAAAAUUUGAACCUGCGCUCCAGGCUCGAUUUCCAAACUCCUUCCAUGUGCGCAUUUAAUGACAGGGUUUACGCAACCUACCAAGUCACACGGGGCUUGGCCAGCCUCAACAGCUGCGUUGAUCCUAUUCUUUACUUUUUGGCGGGAGACACUUUCAGGAAAAGACUCUCCAGGGCGACUAAAAAGGGGACUAGGAAGAGUGAGGUGGUAUCCAAAAGUGAGGAGCUUUCUCUCAAUAUGAUAUCAGACUAUUCCCAAAAUGGGAAUACCCGCAUAUGCACAUGAAUUCAGAAAUUUGGGGUAGGAGAGGAAAUUAAUUAUGUGAUACUGUCACCUUUUUAAGGAGUAUUGUUUUAUGUAGUGGCCAUGUUUUGGUAACCUGCCUGAAGAACAUGUUAUUUUGAUUUUUUCUGACCUACAACAGCAGUGUAAAGGAUUGUAAGUGCGGGGUAGUGUGCUGCUUUCAAUAAGCUAGGUGCAGUUGGCUGUUUGCUUUCAAGAGACAGUGUUCUGCAGAAACUUGUCCCGACAGGUUUUUUUCCACCUUCAGAAAGCUGUAACAUUUGUGUAUUGCAUUUCCUGGGCCAUCACUGACAGGCAGGGAUCGUCUGUCUAAGAGACUGGCUUGCAGCCAAUGUCAUGAAUAGGCUGAAUGCUUCAGAGUUCAUGGGAAUUCAGUGCAAACAGCUGCAUGCAGUACAACAACCCAGAUCAGUACCUCAGGCUUCUGAUUUCAGAGGUUUAGCACUUUGGGAAGUGCUGAAGACCCUUAUACAAGCAGUUUAAGGGGAAAACGUGUAAAUAAGUAAGCUGGACGCCAGACAGUGCUGUGAUCAUAUUCACACUGACUUGUUCAGCUAUCACUAUUUAAACCUUUGUGUGGUUUAUAUUUUAAUUUUGCUGUUUAAGCAGAAGUAUGUAUAGGAUACAAUUCCAGGUUCUGCCUGCAGUAUUGUUCAGUUACAUUCACCAGUAGUUAAACCCUUCCAUAUGUCUAAGUAGAGAAAUGAUAUAAAUGCUGUCAAAAUAUAUUACCUUCAAAUCUAAUAAAUGAUCAGGGAAAGCUAACUCCUCCACUCCCUAGCAGAGCUUUACAUUUCACUUCAGAAUAGCAGUUUCCUAACAUGCCCAAACUGCACACAUUUUCUAAAAUGAUUUGCCAGCUUAUUGACUGAACUUUGACAGAAUUACAGGAAGGAAAGCACAUUAAAAAAAAAUGAUAUGAGGAAAUGAUAUCCUGGUUAUGAUUUUAAAACAAAGCUGUGAUUGCCUUUUUCUACAUUAACACUAAUUUUUAUGAAAUAUUUAUGACUGCCCAACUCUCUUGUGGCUAGCUGUAUGUGGUCAGUGUGGUGAAUCUGUGCGCUUAAUUCCACUGGUAUUUAAUAUUAAAGCACUUUUAACUAAGACUGACACUUCAUGUGCCUAAUCCUGUAUACUCCUAAGACUAACAUGAAGGGAUAUAUAUGUGUUGUGUAUUAUAAUUUAAGCAAUGUUGAUGUUCUUAGAUUGUAUUUUGUUAUACGUAAUGCUGAUAUGCACAUUUUAUAUUUAUCUGUGGUGAAUUCAGUAUUUUCCCAAUAAAGCAGCUGUUGUGCAGCUUUAGGUAUGAGAUAGCAUAACAUUUAAGACCCCUUUAUUUCUCCUGCCCAAUUUGUGAUGACAAAGUCGACUGCAGUAUUUCAAUAUAAAUAAAGAGAACACUUUUGUAUGUGA